GUUUUAUUUAUCUCGACUAUCUUUAUCGAGUUUAUUCAGGACAUUGAAUAUAGAUUUAUUGCCAAGGUCCUGUUUUUAAUUGUAUCAGAAAUAGUAAUAGUGAUCACAAAUACACUAUAUAUUGUUGUAAUGAAACAUCUGCUUUUGUUAUGACCAGUGUAUUUGACAUUUGAUCAGACAAUUGAAAUGAUUGUAUAGUUUAAGUGUGAGUGUAUCACAUAUACUGUUUGAGUAAUGAGUGGAGGUGGCCCACAGAUUAUGAAUAAUUUGCCACCAGGAGUUAACCCUGAGAACAACUUGCUGCCUGGAGGGCCAGUCAUCAAUCCAACAAUGAAUAGAAAUAGAAACAAUAAUCAGAAUCCACUGCUAAAUGUACGGGAAAGGUUAUUUCAUGCACUAUUUUUCAAAUUUGCUGUAGCCUAUGCCCGUACAUUUCCCCGACCAGUGAGAAGAUUUUUUGAGUUCCUUGUUCUUUUAAAAGCCUUAGUUGCGUUUUUUGUGCUUGCAUAUAUACAUAUAACAUUUUCAAGAACACCAACAACAUGUUUAAAUCAUGUGAAGGAUUCAUGGCCCAGAGAUGGUAUUCUAAGAGUGGAGAUAUUAAAAAAUCCAUCUCAAGAUUAUACUAUAGAAGAAAGUUAUGCUAAGGAGCGUAGAUUAAAACCAGCUAAAGACGAUCUUCAUUCCAUAUUAGGAAUGUUGCCUAACACUGAUGGAUUUGUUAAUAUUGAAUCCUCCACCAGUGAUAAUAUGGAUGAUGAUGAAUAUCUACAAGAUGGCACUGAUUAUGGGAACAUCACACGGGUCCAUGAUGAUACUCAGAUUGAAUCUGACACUGGUCAUGUAAUGGAGACAGCUUAUGUAAAUACAAGUCCAGAACUAGUUCCAAGUGAGGAAGCAACUGAUCUCAAUGUCACAAUAAUACCUAGUGAAGAUAUGGAUAGAUCUUCUUCACUAUGGGAAGGAAUUAUGGGACUCAUUGAUAAAUUUGAGAAGAAUGCUAAUUUCUUGGAUGAUCGGUUUGAGGAAGUAGCAGCAAAUGAUUCUUCGAAAGAUGAAGAUUAUAUCCUUGAGUACUCCUUGGAAUAUGGUUUCCUACGAUUAUCACCAAACGCUCGACUCAAACUUAAGAUACCCGUUAAGAUUGUCACAUUGGAUCCCCAACAGGAUGAGUGCUUCGGUGAUCCAUUUUCUCGUUUCGUGCUAGACGAAUUUUUGGGAUAUGAUGACCUUCUUAUGGCUUCCAUAAAAGGUCUCGCAGAACAAGAAGAUAACAAAGGUUAUUUGAGGAAUGUCAUCACUGGUGAACAUUAUCGCUUUGUAUCGAUGCUCACUGCACGCAGCUCCUACAUAGCAGCUUUCUUCAUCAUGCUGGUUUUUACUAUUUCGAUCUCCAUGCUCCUGAGGUAUGCUCAUCAUCAGAUCUUCGUAUUUAUAGUCGAUUUGCUGCAAAUGUUGGAAUUCAACGUAACAGUUUCAUUUCCCGCUGCGCCGCUGCUUACAGUUAUAUUGGCACUUGUCGGAAUGGAGGCUAUAAUGUCAGAGUUUUUCAAUGAUACAACGACCGCCUUCUACAUUAUAUUGAUCGUGUGGAUUGCCGAUCAGUACGAUGCAAUUUGCUGUCACACCGCCAUCGCUAAAAGACAUUGGCUAAGAUUCUUCUACUUAUACCACUACUCGUUCUACGCGUAUCACUAUCGAUUUAACGGACAGUACAGCAGUCUUGCGCUUGUCACUUCGUGGCUAUUCAUCCAGCACUCCAUGCUUUACUUUUUCCAUCAUUACGAAUUGCCUGUCAUACUACAGCAAGCACAGCUCCAACAACUUUUAAUGCGCACUCAUCGAGGAAUGGGAAUGAUGGGUCUAGCAGGAAUUGCGGCACUGGCUAGUGGUGCGGCUUAUCAUGAUGCUCCUGGGACCGGCACUCAAGCUACACCGCCGAUGACUCAGUCUACCACGCAAACUGUUCAGAAUACAGUACAGUCUACAACUCAGACAUCACCAUCAGUGUCUACUGCACAAACUAAUACAACUCAUACAGGUGAUGUUGUCACUUCGAUAGCAAGCCCACCAGAAACGAAUGCAAUGGGUACGAACACUCCAAUGGCUAAUGACAAUGAAAGUAUAACUUUAUCUAAUGAAAAUAUCACGAACACUGACAAAGAUAUUUCUGUUACUGUUACCAAUGGCGACCGUGCCAUACAAAUAGAAGAGAUUGCAAGAAGGAACGCUGAUAAUGAAAGCAAGUUACGGUCUCGUACCAACGGUGGUACACCGGGUUCGAAUAUUGACUACGAGCUUAUCUUGCCAAGUGUAACUCAUCCUGAAAACGUUAGUACAAUUAAUGCUCAAAUUGAGCCUUUAACAUUAGACCGUAGACGAAAGGAAUCUGUAAAUCUAAAUGACGGUUCUACCAGCCAGCAUUUGGUAUCAAGUAGUGAACCCACAGCAUCGACAGUGACUACAGACAGUGAAGCAUUUACUACUGUCUCUGAAGUUGUUAAAAAAGAUUAGAAAUGUUUCAUUAUCACAAUUGCAUUGUACCUACAAUUAUGUAUUUAGCUGAUUAAUAAAUUGAAGCUUAUGUGAAGACAUGUAAUCUCAGUUGCUCUAAGUUUUACAAGUUUACUGUAUAGAGAUUACUAUAAAGACUUAAAUGUAAAAUAACUAUUGUAAUGUCACAAUCGAGAUGUAUUGAACAGCGGCUUGUGUCCAAAUAAAAUAUAUAAUUUACCUUUUGUAGGUAAUUUAUCGUAUUUAUACGGUGAUUGUAGUUUUUAAGAUUAUUCGGUGACGUCGUCGCCGGCCAUGUAAAUAUUUAUAUAUUACUGUCUUCAUUAGGAACGUAUUGUGUUGCAUACUAUAUGUAAUUUAUUACUUUAAUUAUGCUUUGUAAACAGCAGGAGAUAUGCAUACUCUUAUCAGUGAUUUAGUUUCUUGCAAAUAAAUGUUUUCGU